GUGUUCCAAUAUUCAUUAAAACCUCCUCGCGAGUCCGAUAAUCACCGUUCUCGGUUAUAAAUUAUGAUGACCUCUUUCCUGAUGAUCUCAGUUGAUCGGUUACAUAAACGCCACGCAAACGGUCCGUUGUGAGACGCAUUACCGACAUAAGUACAGCAGUAAUCGUCGCUCUGGCGACUUGACUCAGUGAUACGUUCGGGAAUUCGCGGGGCCACUACAUUCCUAAACUGGAGCUUACAUUUUAUCGCAUCCCAGACACCCAAGCAAGCCGGUUAUCUCGCGGCCCUGACAACGGCACGCGAUCCAAUUCAAGAGUAAUGCGCUAUCUAUACGCAGUUCCGUGCAUACGGCUCUCCUCUCCCCUUUCGUUUUAAACGCCGGGCAGGAGGAUCGAUCGGACGACGCUCGUCGCGCCGUUCCUCGCAGUCUCGCCAGUUGACACGUGAGAAUCGGCCUUCAGGCGAGACGAUUCGGGACAGUCGUAUCGCAGUAAUCGUUCACGCAGCCUGGUGUCACGAUGAAUCGACGUUGAACGGCUAGCCACUCGACAAGGAGCACGUGCUCGACCCGCAACCCCUCAGUGCCUUUCAUGCGGACAUCUCCAACGUACACGCGGCGUCUUUUACCGGGGAACAACGCGGCCCCGAUGAGGUGAACGAUCACGCCUACCCAAGUCCAGCGAGCCACGUCUUCUCCAGCCCCACGUACCCAUAACCCGGCGAUACCAUGUACCGGAAACUGGGCCUUGAGGUCCAAUAUUUAACGGACCAACACCUGGCCGGCUUCGAGAGCUACAAGCUGUGUGGAUACAAGCCCCCUUAGUGUGUAUAUUAUGCACCCAUUUUGGGACAAAGUAGUGCAGUAUUGUCCAAAAUGGGUUGCCCCGAAUGUGUUAACUUUCUCUGGAUUUCUUUUCACCGUUCUGAACUUCACAAUGUUUGCAAGUUAUGAUUAUUAUUUGUAUGCAUCCAGCGAUGAUAAACCACAAUAUCCACCUAUACCAAGAUGGGUUUUUGCAUUGGGAGCAUUUAAUGUUUUUAUGGGACACACACUUGAUGGUAUAGAUGGAAAGCAAGCAAGGCGGACACAGACAUCUGGUCCCUUAGGGGAAUUGUUUGACCAUGGACUAGAUAGUUGGACAACAAUGUGGAUUACUGUGUGUAUGUACUCUGUAUUUGGUAGGACAGAUCAUAGUGUGUCCCCAUUGAGAAUGUACUUCAUAUUAUGGAGUGUAUUUAUAAACUUCUAUCUGACUCAUUGGGAAAAGUAUAAUACUGGUGUACUGUUCCUUCCAUGGGGCUAUGAUAUAUCUAUGGUAGGUACUACUACAGUGUUUAUUAUAUCAAGUAUAGGAGGACACGAGACAUGGAAGUUCAUGCUGCCUGGUGAGAUAUCUGUGGGAGUGAUGUUCGAAAUUGCACUCUAUGUCACGGCAAUUCUGACCAGUUUACCCGUGGUGCUUUGGAAUAUAUAUAAAUCAUAUAGGGACAAGACUGGUAAAAUGAGGACAUUCUUAGAUGCCAUAAGACCUUUGAUACCGUUAAGCAUACUUUUCGCAAUCUCGACAAUUUGGGUGAUGCACUCACCUAGCAAUAUAGUGGAGAAAGAUCCCAGAAUCGUUUUUCUGACUGUUGGAACUAUCUUCUCCAAUAUAUGUUGUCGAUUAAUUGUGUCACAAAUGACCAAUGUCAGAUGCGAAAUAUUCUCUUGGAUACUGCUGCCUGUAGGAGUAGCAGCAGCCUUCUCUUAUAUCCUACCUAGCACAGAUCUGGCAUUCACAUACGUAGUAGCAAUAAUUUCGCUGCUUGCUCAUAUUCAUUAUGGCACUUGUGUGGUGCGCCAGAUGUGUCGCCACUUCCGCAUUCAUACGUUCCGUAUCAAGGACCGCGUCGAUUGACUACUUGCCGACGAUACAUGUUAAAAACGAAGAAACAAAGUGAGUCGGAGUCAGCUACGAAUCUGUGAGUACAGAGCAGACAAGGGCAGAAAGCGAAUCAGAUGGGAAUAACAUUUUCGAACGGUACAGAGAUCACGUUCCCAAGCGUCUCUUAGGCAAGGGACACGGUGAACGAUAGUGGACUUUAGACAUCAUUCAUGCAUCCAGUCAUUGCUGAUCACAUAUCCAUGAAAGAAGUACCUGUUCAGUGAUCUUAUUUAUUUUUUCGCAGAGACGUUUUUUUUGUUCAUCCUCAUGUCGCUGUGAUAACAUAACCGCUGCAAUCACGCUUCUUUGGUACCGGGUAACAUUAUACCAUUAUUGGAGGUUAGAGUGUUUAGAGCAGAUCUUAGGAAACAAGGGAGGAAGCAAGGUGAUAGCACUCUAUCGACUUCUGUACUGUCUUUUUGUGUUCAGUUCGUAAACUCUGACUGUGUAUAAAGAGAGGCUUUUCGUUCUUCGUUUUUAACAUGUAUUGUCUGUGUAGUUGACCGCCUGAUCUAACUCGGUAUGGCUGUGUACGUCUGAUAAUGGUCUCCACGUACAGUCUGUACACUUGUAGGCGACGGUAUAGUGAAAUAGUAAAUGGGUAAUAAAAUGGAAAUUAGGAGUUAGUUAAAAGGGUUCCCUUUUUUCUUAUUAAAAAGAGAAAUUAAUUUAACAGGAAGUUGCUUUGAACAAGAUACUUUUCAUCGAUUGCUAUUUGCUGUUUCAUGAUAUUGUUGCCUUAAAUUGUACUGUCAAUGGAUAAGGAUAUAGUGCAUAUGAUAUUCAGAAGAAAAUCGUUGUACUGACUUUUAAAGUGACACGACAUCUAAAUUUGGUUUAAGACGUUUUUGACUGUCUUAGCCCAGAUUUAGGUGUUUCACGCUGUGAAUUUCUUUGAAGAUAGUUGAAGUGAGGCUACUAUGUUCCUGAAUUCCCAAAUGAAUUUUCUGAAAUUGCUAUGUCUUGUCUAUUAACUGUAAGUGGAGAGCAGAGGUCUUAAAGCGUGAUAUACGAUUAAUUUUGAUGUUACAUAGACGCCGAGCUAGCUUAGAAUAGUGAAUAUCGAACAAAGAUCGAUGGAAGAUUAUCGGGUUUCAUUAAUAGCUGUAAUGAGACACACGUGUAAAGAGACGUUAUUUAUUUUCGUGUAAGGAUGCAUGUGUAUGUUAUGUUGCAUUUAACGAGGACCUAGCGCGUCAACGCUGAAUCCACGGAUUCCAUAAUAGUUAGGCUAAAUAACUUAGAAUUGUCAAUUCGGAGGGGAACCACGGAAACUCCUGUUCAGCGAAAAGACUAUUCUGUAUAUAUACACAUAUAUAUAUAUAUAUUUUUUCCUUGGAAACGAAUGGAACGCGUGAUACUGUAUACUGUAAAUUACGCUAUGCGUUUGCUAGCUUCUCAACGUGGGAGGUAAUCUGUGAAUAAUCGCAGUCGGAAUUUCACGAGGAAAAUAUUUUUUAUUUUUAUUUUCUUCUGUUUUUAAUUAUCGAAUAACGUUGCUUGAUUGUUUGAUGAUCACUUUGUCAAUUCUUCUCGUAGCUUCGCUAGUGUUCGUGUUCUAGAUAUGAUUGUUGAGACAACGGUUGUUGCGCUAAUAAGCAUGUCCUUCAUGACAAUAGUAGAUAAUGUAUAAUACGUAGAUGGUAAUUAUUGUUUAAGUUACUUUUUUUUAAAUAUCCAUUGACCAUUUUUUGGGCCAAAUCGCAGACCGAAGAGCAGCAUUUGCAUUAUUAAAAUCAUAUUUGUAUACCUGGUACUUAGCGACUGCGAAUGAGAAAUAUUAGACAUUGAUAGUGACCCACGUUGGAAGAACGGAAUUAUAACCUUCUUUUGGAGUUUGAGUGAAUUCGAGAGUAAGUUUAUCUAUGAUAACCUAAGUCAAUGUAGAAUAAAUUCAAUAUUUUAAACAUGCCUUAUUUUUUUUUGUAGGUUUUUCAUUAGCUCUGCGUUAUAAUCUGAAAUGCAGUUGUCGAUCUACGACAUUUUUAUUCAUAUAUUCGAAACACUUCGCUAGUCCGUUUUACAUUAAGUAUAUGAGUAGCUGUAAUUAUGAAAAUAAGAUGCGUUCGCUAUUGUAAUGAAUAUCGAAGGUUGUUUUUAAUCGUUAGUCUAACUCUGGCGAUAGGGUAAACGAAAUUUUUUGCAAAAUUUAGUAUCUUGUAUAUAUAAAUAAUCUUGAAAAAUGAAAAAAUGUAGUUUGUGCAUAGCAUAGAUUCUGAGACGCUACAUAUUUCCUUUUUGUUAACAGAGUUGUUUAUGCAAUCAAUAUCCAACCAAAUCUAUGUAAUCUGAUCCAAACCACACAAUGCAACUUUAUUCUUUAGACGUGGAGUUUACUGUCAGUGCAAAUAUGCAUUAACGUAUUGUUUGUAAUUUUUAUAGAUAGUAAAUGUAAUCACACAUUCUCCAAAUAUUUAUUUCUGCCAAAGACAUUAAACAGAUUUUAUGUAAA